UUGGAAAAAGAUAAGCAUGGAUUUUUUCUUAGGGUUACCAAGAGCCGCUAGAGGUCAUCAUUCCAUUUUGGUGGUUGUUGAUAGGUACAAUCGCUCCUAAAGAGCCCCCUCUUGCACAUUGCUAUGAGGAGGUUAUCAAGGUUUUGGAUGAUCGAUUUGUUGGCUCUAAACAUGGAGGUUUCUGAUGCUAUUUGUUCUAUCCUCACCUUUGCUUCCUGUUCUACAUCAGCUGCUAAGUGGACUGUAGGAGGAAACAUGGGGUGGGCCACCAUUGUGAAAUACACUCUCUGGGCUCAGGACUAGCACUUCUACAAUAGAGACUGGAACUAUAAGCUGGUUUUUGCCCUGCUCUUCUCAUGCAUUUAUCUUUAGAUGUGCUUUACAGUCAUGUCGAUUGAUCUUUGCUUGCUUCCUUGCUUUUUGUAUACUCUUCCAGAUAUGGAUUGCUAUGUUUGAUUUGUGUUUUGUAUGGGAGUUCAAUGGAUGGAUCUGAAUGGGUACUCCAAGUUACUUGAAGUUGUUAUCGAUCCAGCUUUUGCUGUUGCAAAGUUACUUAAGUUGCACUUUAGCUCUUUCUAUUAUUGUAAUUUGCUGCUGGAAGAAGCAGCUCAGAUCCAUAUUCUGGUUCUGUUCAUUCAGAAGAUCCUAGCUUUUACUUUUUAGCUACUUUUUCCUAUGAUAAAUGAAUUAGAAUUUCCUAAAUUGCUGUCUUCAUUUAGUUUAGUUUCACACUUAUGAAGCUUGAUUUCUGCUAAAUCAAUUUCUAUGAGUUAAAUGCUGACUCCAUUGAGAUAAGUUUCAAAGUUCAAACUGAAACGAAAGAUAUCCUUUAGUUUCCAAAAGCUUUUACCUGUUUAUUAGAUUGGGGAAGAAAAGGGAGCCUAAAUUAAAGUUCAGAAGAUCAU